AACCUUGACCCAAGCAUGCAGGCCCCACCCUGCAGCCUCCCUGCGGGGCUCAGCCUGGAUGACUUCAUUCCCCGCCACCUCCAGGCCCACAUAGGGUCCUCCUCCCGGGGCACACGGGUGCCUGUGAUCCGGAACGGUGGCUCCAACACCCUUAAUUUCCAGUUCCACGACCCUGCGCCCAGGACCGUGUGCAAUGGGUACUUCCCAGAGAGGAGAGAUGCUUCCAGACACCCAGAUCCUGCUUGGUAUCAGACCUGGCCAGGCCCUGGGAGCCGCCCAUCUGGGAGCCAGAAGACCCCUGUUUCCCAGCAAGCCCAGAACUGGUCAGCCACGUGGACCAAGGACAGUAAACGUCAGGACAAGCGCUGGAUCAAGUAUGAGGGCAUCGGGCCAGUGGAUGAGAGCGGCAUGCCAAUUGCCCCCCGAUCUAGCGUUGACAGCCCCAAGGACUGGUACCGGAGAAUGUUCCAGCAGAUCCACCGGAAAAUUCCAGACCUGCAACUGGACUGGACCUUUGAGGAACCGCCCAAAGGGGGCUCCACCAGUGCUACAUCAGCAGACUCAAGGCAUCCAGGGCUCCAGCAAAAACCUGUCCCCAGGCCAGACCAGCCCUCUCUGAGUGGAAGAAAUUGGAACUCCUUAGAGUUUCCUAGAAGCACCUUCAACACUAAACUGGGAACAUCCUCCUCUUCGGUGCACCGUGCAAAGCAGGUACACAGACGCAAAGAGAAGGCAGACAACAUCUGGACGGAAGACUCUUGGAAUCAGUUUCUGCAAGAACUAGAGACUGGGCAGAAGCCCAAGAAACCACUGGUGGAUGACCCUGUUGAGACACCAGCCCAGCCCAUUGAGGUCCUGCUGGAGAGAGAGCUGGCCAAGCUGAGUGCGGAGCUGGACAAGGACCUGCGGGCAAUUGAGACGCGGCAGCCGUCCCACAAGGCAGCGGGAGCUGCGAGCCGCGGCCGGGGAGGUCGUGGGCCAGCCGGGAGGGUGUGAAGUUCACCGUCUGUGUCCCCACGCAGCCCGGCCUCAGCCUGGAGCUCCAGCUCCCCGAAUGCACUUUACCUGGGUUCCUCCCGCUCCCUGAGCCCCCACAGAAUGGCGGAUGCAGGAAGCCCCUUCCUAGGUCGUAGGGACUUUGUCUACCCUCCCUCAACCCGAGACCCUAGUGCCUCUCCGGGAGGGGGCAGCCCUGCCAGGAAGGAAGAGAAGAAGAGGAGGGCUGCCAGGCUCAAGUUUGACUUCCAGGCACAGUCCCCCAAGGAGCUGACUCUGAAGAAGGGGGACAUUGUCUACAUCCACAAGGAGGUGGACAAGAACUGGCUGGAGGGAGAGCACCAUGGUCGCCUGGGCAUCUUCCCUGCCAAUUACGUGGAGGUGCUGCCUGCAGAUGAAAUCCCCAAGCCCAUCAAGCCCCCCACCUACCAGGUGCUGGAGUAUGGGGAAGCCGUGGCCCAGUACAACUUCAAGGGGGACCUGGAGGUAGAGCUGUCCUUCCGCAAGGGUGAACGCAUCUGCCUGAUCCGCAAGGUGAAUGAGAACUGGUACGAGGGGCGCAUCUCAGGCACGGGGCGCCAGGGCAUCUUCCCUGCCAGCUAUGUGCAGGUGACCCGGGAGCCCCGGCUCCGGGUCUGCGACGAAGGCCCCCAGCUCCCUGCAUCUCCCCGUCUGACUGCCGCCCCCGUGGCUGGCCACCCCAGCUCCCCCUCCACAUUACGAAGCACAGCUGACAACACCGAUUGGGGGGGCCAGACCUCCCCCCGCCGCCCUGGCUUCUCCUCCCCAACUCAGGAGCUGAGACUCCAGGCUCAGGGUCUCGGCACCCCUGCCUCAGCUCCGACCCAUCCUGGAGGCUCCAGCCGUGCCGCGGACUUGGGGCCCUCCUCCCCCAACACCACUCCGAUACACUGGACCCCGUACCGGGCGAUGUACCAGUACAGGCCCCAGAAUGAGGAUGAGCUGGAGCUGCGGGAAGGGGACCGCGUGGAUGUCAUGCAGCAGUGUGAUGAUGGCUGGUUUGUGGGUGUCUCCCGGAGAACCCAGAAAUUUGGGACAUUCCCUGGAAAUUAUGUAGCCCCGGUGUGAGUGGUCUCCGUGGCAACUCAGCGCCCAGCCAGGUUGGGGUGAGAAGCAGUAGCACUUAUGGGAAGGAGAGAGGCCCUCCCUCCCACAUCCUCCUUCCCCAGGACCUGAUGUUGGCAUCUGCAGACAACUCCAAUAGCCUUUCCCUUGGAGCCCCUCGGAGCCCCCUGGACUGAUUCCCACCCACAACUCAAGCAUUCCUCUGACAGUCCUUUUAUUUCCUCCUCUACCCCACUCCCCAAAUACAGAGGUCUGCUUUGAAGUGGAGAUGGUUUCCAGCCUUAUUGAGACCAGACCCCCCGAGUUCCCCACCCCCACUCUGCAAAUGGCGUUUCCUCUAACAGGGACCAGCUCCCAGCUUCACCCCCAUGGGGUUCCUCUAACAAGGACCAGCUUCCUAACCUAACAGACCAAAGGCCGCUUCUGCCUGGAGGGGGUUCCUCCCCUUUCCAGCUUGCCCCCCUCUUUGCCUGCCUCUUCCAGCUGAGACUGGGAGUGUCGUGGGGGAUGGACACAACACCUUCUUAGCAUUCAAGGCCUGGCAAGAGGUCUGUGCAGAGGCCUCCUCUUCCCAGAGACUGCCGAGCCCUGAGCCUGGGCCCUGCAGCUGUCCUGCUGCUGUGCCUGGGAAGGGUAGGUCUGAGGACUGUCCUCUUCCACAUGUCUUCAGGAGAGACUGACAUGUACCACUCUCCUCCCCAGCUCUCCCCAGCCCCCAAGUCUUCUUGGGAAGAGAAUGUAAAAUAAAUCUGGAUACCAGGG